AUGAGCUCGCCCUUCUUUGAUACUGUUAACGAAAGAAGCUUAGAAGAAAGGCAGGCGAUGUCGUAUUUCAGUUUAACGCCGGUCGCCUCUUCCCACGGCGUUAGCUUCUUGAACUUUUCGAUAAAUGAAGAGAGUCAUCAGCUGGAGAUAACGGAUCCACCUGCAUCUACCCCUACGCGGCUGGAAGCAAAUUUUGAUGUUGAGUUUGCGGCCUCUGGGCCCUCAAAUGCCUAUCCGGUGUCCAUGCCGAGUUUGGGUCACAACCCAGAAAAUUUUGCAUCCUCGCUGCGCUCGCAUGAAGAAGAUAAUUACAUUGACUUUUCAGCCGCUCUGACAUCGAAUGCCAAUCCGGCGGAAAUGCCAACUGUAGGUAACAACCUAGGAGCUUUUGCUUCAUCAGUUUGCUCGGAUUACUAUCUCCCCAUGCACCAGAAAGCCAAUUAUCGAGGUAUCUUUUCGUACUCCCAGCCCUCAAAUGCCCAGCCAGCGGCAGUGCAAACUUUUGGCAACAGCGAAGAAAAUUCCACUACACCCUUUAAUCCUAAUCAAAAAAACCUUAUAGCCUCUCAGCCCUCAAAUGCUCAUCCAGUCAUGCUGAGUUCGGGUGACGGUCUGGAAAACUUUGCUUCCUCGCUGCCCUUGAAUUCCUUUGUCUCUACGGAUCCAGAAGCAAAUGACCAUGAAAGAAUUUUGGGCUGGCAAUUCUCAAAUGCACGUCUGGAGGCAAUCCCGAGUUUGGGAAACAACCAAGGAAAUUUCAUUAUGACCUCCGAUCUCUCUCCUUUGCCAAGCGAUGAGACCCCUACUACCAUCACGCCUCAAAGUAUCUCUGAUCGCCAAAACGACCCGUCUCCCCAAGACGUGGCACUACCAGAUCCCAAUACAGCUGACUUAAGAUACUGCACAUUGCCAGAUGGCACCUUCAGCUGCAACAAGUGUGUCCGUAUCUGCAGGCGGGAGUAUAAUAUCAGGCGGCAUGUUAGGCACCAGCACCCACUGCCCGGACUUCCUGUCCCCAGGCAUCCCUGUGAUCACCCUGGUUGCGGUAAAUCAUACGCUUUUCCAGGCGAACUUACGGAACAUAAGAGGAAGGACCACAUGGGGAAACCAGCACAGAAGCGGAAAAUGAAGGCAAAGGCGUCCGACGAGAUUUAUCGGUGCAAGUACUUUGACGUGUGUCGCAAGAAAUUUAAGACUGUGCAGGGACUUCAAGCACACUUGAAGAAAGUGCACAACGGUGACGUACAAGUUCCGGGACUCUUGGUACGCGAGAUGGUGCCGUCCUCGUCUGGCGAGAUGGUUCCGAGGUCGUCUGGCGAGAUGGUUCCGAGGUCGUCUGGCGAGAUGGUUCCGAGGUCGUCUGGCGAGAUGGUGCCGACCUCGUCUGGGCCUCAUGAUCCGAUCGCUGGCCCCUCACGAGAGAGGAACGAACCCAAUGCGCCACCUCUGAAGCGACGGAAAACGAACGUGGAGGUGCCUGACAAAAUAUACCGGUGUAAGUACUUUCCGCAAAACCAAAUUACCAGCAAGAUGAAGUUAGACGCAACUGACAUACGAUACUUGUCGAGCGAUACGUUCAGGGUCCUAACCGCCGUCGAAAUGGGCUCGAAGAAUCAUGAGAUCGUUCCUACUGCUCUGAUUGCCAAUCUUGCGGGCCUCAGAUCGGGCGGAGUGAACAAGUGUAUCAGUGAACUGGCCAAGAGAGGGUUGGUAAAGCGUGAAGCUAAUUCAAAAUAUGACGGCUAUCGAUUAACGUAUGGAGGAUACGACUUUCUAGCGAUGAAGACAUUCUCAAAACGUUCGACAGUCUGUAGCAUAGGAAACCAAAUUGGAGUAGGAAAGGAGGCAGAUGUAUACGUGGUAGGAGGAGAGGAGGGCCAUCAACGGGUAUUGAAGAUUCACAGAUUAGGACGAAUCAGUUUUCGAGCAAUCAAAUCCAAGCGGGAUUAUCUUCAAAAGCGUAGGAAUGCUAGCUGGAUGUAUAUGAGCCGCCUGGCAGCUCAAAAAGAAUUUGCUUUUAUGAAAGUUUUACACGAACAUGGAUUUCCAGUGCCCGAGCCGAUAGAUCAAUCAAGACACUGUCUAGUGAUGUCCUUGAUCGACGCGUUUCCAUUGAGACAGAUCCACGACGUAGCCGAACCUGGAAAGCUUUAUUCAGAACUGAUGGACCUCAUCGUCAAGUUGGCCAGAGUCGGUCUCAUCCAUGGCGAUUUUAACGAAUUCAACAUCCUAGUCGAUACCGCUUCAAAACCCGGCCAAGCUAUCCCCGUCUUGAUCGAUUUCCCUCAAAUGGUUUCGACCGAACACGAGAAUGCCGAAUACUACUUCAAUCGAGAUGUCCAAUGUAUCCGAUCGUUUUUCCUCAAGAGGUUUAGGUACCAAUCCACGCUCUAUCCCAAGUUUAAUUCGAUCGUCCGAGAGGGUACACGGCAGAUGAAUCUAGACGUCGAAGUCGAGGCUAGUGGGUUCGGGAAGGGUGAAAGCAGGAAACUAGAAGAAUACAUGGAAGUGUUUGGUGUCGGCUGUGAAGCUGCAGAGGAUGACGACGACGAUGAGGAGGAGAUUGAGGGGACUGACAGUGAAGCUGAAGAAGAUGAUACGGGCGACGGCUCGGAAAAUGAAAAUUUGGAACAUAUCGAUCCGCUUUCGAAUGGUGAUCGUCUUCCCGAUUCUCAAAGAAAUGAAGAUGAAGAAAAGGUCGAAAAGAAAGCCCCGGGGUCAGCGAAGGAGGUGGAAGGUCAAGGAAGUGACGAACCAGCAGGACUCUCGGAAGAAGACAAGUCAGAGAGUGAUUCAGAAGAAGACGAAUCAGACAACAACUCAGCAAGCCGCACCGCUCAGACAAAACAGAAGAAAAAGAAAAAGAGCGACAAGAACCACCGGAAAGUCGACUUGGACGAAGAAGAAAUUAAGAACAUCGUCAUCAAGAGAAUGCAGAGACUCAAAGCUUCCAACUUCAACAAACAUCACACUAAGAAAUCCGUCAAACACGCUAACCAUUCUACACCUUUAGGCUCCAAAUUUAAAAAUGACGUUAAAAGUCUCUGCUCUACUGAAUUUUAA